UCUCUCUAUAUAAUCUCUAUAUCUCUCUCUCUAUAUAUCUAUAUAUAUAUAUAUAUACACACACACACAGAUAAACAUUAUCAGAGAGUGAGUGAAAGAAAUUAAAGCUAGAAAAUGGAGGACGGCGGCGGCGGAGGAGGGAGAGUGAAAGGUUCAUGGACGCCGGAAGAAGAUGCGACACUGGUGAAGCUGGUGGAGCAGCACGGGCCGCGGAACUGGUCGUUAAUUAGCACCGGAAUUCCAGGGCGGUCGGGGAAGUCGUGCCGGUUGCGGUGGUGCAAUCAGCUAAGUCCUGCGGUGCAGCACCGCCCGUUCUCGCCGGAGGAGGACGCCGUUAUUCUCCGCGCGCACGCCGUGCACGGCAACAGAUGGGCGGCGAUCGCGCGCCUUUUACCAGGGAGAACGGACAAUGCGAUUAAGAAUCAUUGGAAUUCCACUCUCCGGCGCCGGAAAAGGAGUGCGGAGGACGCGCCGCCGCAGGCGGCGGCGGACAAACGAGUUUGCUUGGAUGAAUCGUCGUCCGAGUCUAAAACGGACGAGCAGAGUAAAAUCGCCGCCGCCUGCGGCGGCGGUGCGGAGGAUGUGUUGCGAUUAGACGCGCCGGAGACUUUGCUGUCAUUGUUUCCGCCGGGAGGAAAAGCGGCGGUCGGAGAAAACUCAGCGGCGGCGGAGGAGGAGGAAGAGCUACCGCCGAGUAGCGUAUCUGAUGACGGAAAGGAAGGAAGAUCAAAGGUGGAGAUUGAGAUUAAAGACACGUGUUUGUUGAUUAUGCAUCGUAUGAUCGCGCAAGAGGUUCGUAGUUACAUUGAUAAAUUACGAGCCAGUGGUGGGCUUGGGCCUGAAUUCGAGUCCAAUGUUCAACAACGACCCAAAACCUAAAUACUUCUUAGUUCUAAGCCCAUUUUUGCUUUCAUAUAUUUAUUUAAUGUAUACUUUUUGUUAGGCAAAGUCCUUUUGAUAAUUGU